GCCAAGGAAUUCGAGGAUGAGAGGUAUAUAAUGGGCAUAGACAGUCCGAGGAGUAGCAGCAGACUUCAAGUGCUAAGCAGCCACAUAACUCCCAUGGCUUCUGAAAAAGAAGCUGCCCUUCUCGCCGUUCCCUCAGAUUCUCCCACCAUAUUCGACAAGAUUAUAAACAAAGAAAUACCAGCCGACAUUGUUUACGAGGAUGGUCAGGUUUUGGCUUUCAGGGACAUAAACCCCCAAGCUCCAGUGCACAUUCUUCUUAUUCCAAAGGUGAAGGAUGGGUUAACUGGGCUCUCUAAGGCAGAGGAGAGACAUUGUGAUAUUCUUGGUCGCCUUCUUUACACUGCAAAGCUUGUAGCUAAACAAGAAGGUCUUGAUGAAAAUGGGUUCAGGCUCGUGAUCAAUGACGGAAGAGAUGGAUGCCAGUCUGUUUACCAUAUUCAUCUUCAUCUCCUUGGAGGAAGACAGAUGAACUGGCCACCUGGGUAAUUUAAGUUGAGAUUGGAUCUGGGGUUUAAAGACUGGCCAUGCAUAAUCAUAAUGAAGGAAGAAGGGUUGUCUGUUCUAUGUACUUGGUCCCAUCUUUUAUUAUACAAAAGCAAAAGGAAAACUGUGCAGUGUUCCCGCCCAAACACUGUACAGUAAUGGGCCGGGUCGGGCAAUCCAUGGGUGCAGGAAUGGGUUUGCAGGCAGUCCAUUGCAAUUCUUUAAUGCUGGCUCUUUAUCCAAUGUUUGAAUUGUGUGGCUCAAUAAAAGGGACUGCUUUGAUGAAUAAAAAAUUAUCUUAAUUGUACUUUUCAGCCUAGAGCCCCAAAAAGGUUUAAUGAGUUGUACUAUGUUAAAGGUGAUUUAGUGCUUUUCCCUGCCAUUCCGUAAUGAAGCCCAUUUUGUGUUUAAAAAAUAGGAAGUAAUUGUACUUCAAAUCUGAGUUGGUCAAAAAAAAAUCUGAAAGCAUUCUUGAG